AUGGCUAUGAAACAUGCUCAUUGGAGGGAUGCGAUGGCAGCUGAAAUUAAAGCCUUGGAGGAUAACGAUACUUGGGUCUUGACUAAUAUUCUUCCAGGUAAAACACCAACUGGGUGUAAAUGGGUAUUCAGAAUAAAACGUCACCCCAAUGGAACCAUAGAGCGUUAUAAGGCACGUCUUGUUGCCAAAGGUUACACCCAACAAGAAGGCCUUGAUUAUCAUGAUACAUUCGCUCCUAUGGCUAAGUUAACCACCCUCCAUUGCUUACUCGCUAUAGUUGCUAUCAGCAUUGGUCUUUGCACCAACUCGAUGUGCACAAUGCAUUUUAACUUGGUGACCUCCAUGAAGAAGUUUUUAUGA